AUGGGCGGACCUGAGUCAGCCACCGCCGAACGGGUGGCAGCCAAUCAAGACGCGAAAAGUGACCUGAACUGGGAAAAGGCCAUGCUGGCCGCUGCGUGUUUCCUGCCCUUCAUAUUCAAAGAGCUCGCCUCUUCUCUCUUUCUCUUCUCCAUUCGCUUCUCUUCGGGUUACCCCUCCCGCCUGUUCACCAAAUUCGAGGGUCUGAGUACGACAUUCGUGUUUACUCCCUGCGCUUCAUUUCUUGCGCGCAUUGAAGCUUUCGGUCUCCGACAGCUUCGUUUCAUCGGGUGCUAUCCAAUAGAGUUCUUUGUUGAACCUUGA